CUGGAAGAGACUCUGCCAACUUUUUUUUUUUUUUGCCCUGGUGCAUCUGCAUCAACUUGUUCGUUUCUCUCUCGUAAAAAAAACUCACUGUCGUAAACGUUUUCGUCAAUUGAUCCAUGAUAGACUAACGUGGUGUAGAUGUCACAAAUCCUCUCCGAGGUGAGUCACCGCUGCAGAUUUAUGAUCAACUCAACGCUCCGGCGAGGCACCCAUCUUGUUCUCUCUUUCUCCGUUGUGUUCCUCUAUUGGUUCUAUGUGUUCUCAGUAAGAUCCUAACCACCAAUACAACAUACUAGUAUCAUAUCCUUGGAAAUUAUAAGCCUCUACAUACAACAACUUAAUUAGUCAGAGGAAAGCUUUCAAGUCUAGAUAUAACCCCAAGUAUCUUUUGAGGAUGACCCUGUCCGGUGGGGCCUCGUCUGGGUCUAGUCAUGGGACCCGUAGCUUGGGGUCAGAGGGUGACAUGGUGCACCGGAUGGAGCUCAUGCGCAAGAGAAGGAUGGAGUCAAACCGGGAGUCCGCGAAGCGAUCGAGGCAGCGGAAGCAGCAACAUCUCGACGACCUCAACUCGCAGGUGAAUUUGACACAAAGCAAAAGUCAGAUGAAAAAAACGAGACUUGUGCUUCAGGAUAUGCUGAAGCAAGCAAACUCCGAUAAUGCGCGGUGCCCCUUAAUUUCUCAGGGUCCACCACCCAAUAAAAUUGAUUCAAAGUAGGCCAUUCCAACCUAAGCAAAGAACGAUGCACGACGUGCCACCGUCGAAAUCUUUCUCAAAAAAAGGGAAAAAAGGGAAAAAAAUUCCACACCAAUUCAUUGGCUGUCUCGGCAAAAUCAACACGGUCAUAUAUAUAUCAAUCAUUUUUUUUCUUCUUCUUCUACCCGACGUCGCGUUUAUAUCGGAAUAAUUGAAUCGUCUUCUGUAUAAAAUAAAACAAAACAAAACAAACAGGUGGACAAGUUGAGGACGACGAAACAGCAACUCAUGGUAGCACUGAACAUGACCAGCCAGAACUACGCGGCAGCAGCAGCUCAGAACUCGGUGCUGCGCACCCAGAUGAUGGAGCUGCAGAGCAGGCUCUGCGCACUGCGUGAGAUCAUAUGCCAUAUGUACGCAACAACAACGAAUGUCCAUCCAGCAACUGUCAUGGGCGGUGCUGCUACCUACCAUACUUUUGGCGAAACUGCGUGGAACUCUGGCAGCUGCAGCAUGCAAAUGGUCGACCACUUGUUGCACCAGUGCUUCUAGGCUCUAGCUACGUACAAGGAGGUAGAGGCCAAGACAAACAAAGGCAUGCAUAUAUAUGUAUUCCAUGUUUUGUAAGUAGUGUGUACGUCAUUUGAUUUAAUGUAUAAAAGGGUUUGUGAAA